AGGAAAACAAAAUUUCUACAGAAGUCAUGUAUUUUAGCAUUAGCAAUUUCAGAUAUAUUUACUGUCGUCUUAUUUUCCAUCAAUUUUCUGGACAUGUUAUCCAAACAGUACGUUGAAUGGACCUUGGGCGAAUUUUUAUGUUCUUUUAUACCAUUCGGUCAAGUGUUUAGUACAACUGCCAGUUCAUUAUUGUUAUUGACCAUUGCUCUGGACCGAUAUCAAAACGUAAUAAAAACUUUUAAUAAAACACGAUGGGACCCGAAACCGUGUACAUGCAUUUUUACCAUAGUACUUAUAUUUGUUAUGUGUGGAGCAAUCUCUUACCCAAUGUAUACAGCGUUUUUUCAUGAAAAGAUGUGGGUGUUGAUGUUACCGUUCACAGACAAAGCAGUUUACCAAAUCCACGCUCUCUGCUUCUUGUCGAAAAAAAGUCUAAGCGUCUACUACGUAGCUUUAGACGUACUUAUCUUUCUUCCAAUGCUGACAGUUUUUAUCUGGUUCUACCUAAAGAUCGCCGCCCUAAUUUGGGUGCACAGAAAACCAGUUACUUCAAAAUUUAAUAAAUAUGAAAAAGAUCUGGAUGAUUCAACGACUAGCUCUACAAAAACCACAAAUAUAGCUUCCUCAAAUAUUAGCAUAAUAAGUAAAAAUAAACCUAAAAAGGUAAAAAAUUUGCAAGUACAAAAAAAGAUUCGUACUUUCAGAAUAGUAUUAGUACUAGUAAUAUCAUUUGUUCUAUGUCGAUUUCCAUAUUGGUUCUACUACACAAUAAGAUUGCUGGGAAAAUGUAGCAGUAAUACCAGUUGGAACCUACAUUUUACUUUAGUUUCUUUGAACCUGUUCAAUUGUGUAUUGAACCCUUUGUUAUAUACUUUUCUUAAUCAAACUGUUACAGCUCUAAGAAUUUUUAAGGAUUUCUUGUGGAAAGUAUGUUGUUGUUGCUGUUCCAGUGAUGAGUUUGAGGAAUUUGAAAAAGAAAAUCCGUAUGCCAACGAUCAAAUUCAGCCUGCUUGUGGGACCGUUAAAGCAAGGGUACGUGUAGAUAAAAUAUGUUUUGAAGGGAAGAAUCAAAGAUCAGUACAAAAAUACUAG